GGUCCGGCACCACCGCCACAAAACCUCAAUGACGAAUUUUUCGAACCCCAUGACCAAGCGCUCAUAAAUCGGCUUACCGUGCGGAGUCCGAUAAUAGGUACUUUUAAGAAGUUCCGGAUUCUUUCAUCAUGUGGAGCGUUAGCGACAGCUCUGGAUCGUGGCUUUCUUCUUGUUUGCAUCUUCGCCAUUUUUUCUUGCGCGCCGCGAUAUGGACGGCCUCGGCUUCCACAGACCAACGAGAACAAAAGGAAGCUUAUCACAAAAUCAUAAAAUGAAAAAGCUUCCUGGAUGAAUACCCAGGCGAUCUGCCCCGUUCCCCUUCCUCUCUCCAGCCCGCUGCAUCUUCUACGAACCGCACGUGGGAGGACGAUUUUCAGGGGCACUUGAGCCACGCGAUCGAGAGCCUGUUCAAGUGCGAGGAGACCCUGCGGACGCGGUCCGACGACGCGGAUGCGGUGAAGGAGGAAAAGGAGUUGCAAACCCGUUUUGACGAAUUGAACGAGGAGGUAGCGACCCUGCUGAAGGAACGGCAGGCGCUGGAGACGGAGCUACAUGAUUUGGAGGGGGAUACCGAAGCGACGGAUUUUCGGAACAAGUCCACGCAGGAACUGCGGCGGUUGAUCCAGACCUUCGAAAUGAACAUGACCAUGGU